AACCGAUGGACGUCUACACUAAACUCUGAGGAUUUCAGCUUGAUUAACUAGUUCAUUAGUUGAGUUACUGUAGGGUGACUGAUGAAGAAGAUGAGGAUGAAGAUGCUGUGGCCGUUUGCAGUGAUUUUCUCCUCACUGGUUUGUGUGGAGGCUCAGCAGAGAGGUCUGUUUCCCGCUAUCCUGAACCUGGCCAGCAAUGCUGAAAUCACCACGAACGCCACCUGUGGCGACCCACUUCCCGAGAUGUUCUGUAAACUGGUGGAACACGUUCCUGGAAGACGAAUCCGUAACCCUCAGUGUCGGAUCUGUGAUGCAAACAGCCAGAAUCCCAAAGAGCAACAUCCCAUUACUAGUGCCAUCGACGGCACCAACCAGUGGUGGCAGAGCCCGAGCAUCAAGAACGGCCGUCAGUUCCACUGGGUCACCAUCACUCUGGACUUACGACAGGUAGGACUCGCUGUCGAACACGCUGCCAUCGACGGCACCAACCAGUGGUGGCAGAGCCCGAGCAUCAAGAACGGCCGUCAGUUCCACUGGGUCACCAUCACUCUGGACUUACGACAGAUCCACACGUCUCUCAUAAACGGCCGACCCAGCGCAGAUGAUCUGACCCCAGAGCUGCUGGAGUUCACAUCCGCUCGCUUCAUCCGGCUGCGUCUGCAGAGGAUCCGAACGCUCAACGCCGACCUCAUGACCCUCAGCUACCGCGACCCCAAAGACGUGGACCCCAUCGUCACCCGGCGGUAUUAUUACUCCAUCAAGGACAUCUCGGUGGGCGGGAUGUGUAUCUGUUAUGGCCACGCCCAGAGCUGCCCCUGGGACCCUGUUACCAAGAAGCUGCAGUGUGUGUGUGAGCACAACACUUGUGGCGAGAGCUGUAAUGAGUGUUGCCCUGGAUACCAUCAGGAGCCGUGGCAACCUGGAACGCUUUCCGAUGGAAACACAUGCGAGAAAUGUAACUGUCACAAUAAGGCUGAGGACUGUUACUACAAUCAGACGGUGGCAGAUCUGCGGCUGAGCGUGAACACACUCGGUCAGUUUGUGGGAGGAGGAGUGUGUGUGAACUGCUCCCAGAACACAGCGGGAGUGAACUGCCAAACCUGUGCGGACGGAUACUACAGACCACACCAGGUGGAGCACAGAGACGGCGUUCUCCUCCGACCUCUUCAGAGCUCCAGCAUCUUCACGUCUCCCGUCUCAGACGACAACCUCAUCGUCUCUAACCUCUCUGCGUCCGCAGGAGUCCGGUCCGAGUGGUCGUGGGCUGCGCCGGAGUCUUUCCUCAACAACAAGCUGACGUCAUAUGGAAGUUUCCUGAACUACAGCGUUGCUUAUGACACGUCUGAGGAAAACGUGGACCGCACGCUUCAAGCUCAUUUCAGCGUAAUUAUUGAGGGAAACGGGCGGAUGCUGCGUGAGGCUCGGUCCGCUCGUCUGCUGCUGAACGCUCACACCGAGCAGCACGUCUCGCUCCUGAUGCUGCCGCACACGCUCAGAGACGCUCGCAGCAGGAGCCACGUUCAGAGAGACGAGCUGAUGACGGUGCUGGCGGACGUCGCUGCGCUCAGGGUUCGAGUUCAGCUGGAGGACAGCGCUGAGGGAACGCUCAGGUUGAGUUCGGUGUCUUUAGGUGUUGGAGACACAAACUCGGGUCUCUCUAAAGUCCCUCUGGAUGUGGAGCAGUGCGAGUGUCCCUGGGGUUAUUCUGGCACUUCCUGUGAGUACUGUGUUCCCGGGUUUUAUCGGGUCGGUGGGAUUCUGUUCGGAGGAAACUGUCUUCAGUGCGAGUGUAACGAUCACGCCGCGGAGUGCGACAUCAACGGAGAGUGUCUGUACUGUGUUCCCGGGUUUUAUCGGGUCGGUGGGAUUCUGUUCGGAGGAAACUGUCUUCAGUGCGAGUGUAACGAUCACGCAGCGGAGUGCGACAUCAACGGAGAUUUUAGCCCCACAUGCGUGCUGCAGCGUGCCGGUGAGUUCAGGUGUGAUCAGUGCCAGCUGGGAUACGCAGGAGCCAAGUGUGAGAGGUGUGCUGACGGUUACUAUGGCGACCCCGCGGAGCCGGGCCGGCGGUGUUUGGCGUGUGAGUGUAACGGUAACGUGGAUCCGGCUGAAGCGGGUCACUGCGACGGACGCAGCGGAGAGUGUCUGAAGUGUUUGGGUCACACGGCGGGGAGACACUGCGAGCGCUGCGCCGACGGCUUCUACGGAGACGCCGUGACCCUCAAAAACUGCCAGGCCUGUGGUUGCCAUGGUGACGGCUCUCUGUCCACCGUGUGUCACGUGAUCACGGGUCAGUGUGAGUGUAAGGCUCACGUGAUCGGACAAACCUGUGGCCGCUGUCAGGCAGGUUAUUACGGCAUCAGCAGCGGCGAUGGCUGCAGACUGUGUGAAUGUAACCAAUCAGGCGCUCUGUCUGCGUCAUGUGACGAGGAGGGGCGGUGCCAGUGCAUCACCGGGGUGACGGGUGAGAAAUGUGAUCGCUGUGAGCGCGGAUACUACAGCUUCACCGAGAGCGGAUGCACACCGUGUGACUGCGCACACACACACGGGAACUGUAACGCAGACACGGGCGAGUGCAUCUGUCCUCCGCACACACUCGGCCUGAAGUGUGAGGAGUGUGAGGAAGGUCACUGGGGUCACGACGGCGUCUCCGGCUGUACGGUGUGUAACUGCAGUGCCGAGGGCUCGAGUUCGUCUCAGUGUGAGCUGCAGUCGGGUCAGUGUCGCUGCAGGCCACACUUCUCCGGUCUCAAGUGCGACCGCUGUGCUUUGGGCUACAAAAACUUCCCAGAAUGCACCGCCUGCAACUGCAACCCCAGCGGCACGCGAGAGGAGUUCUGCGACCCGGCGCUGGGAGUGUGUGGAUGCGAGGAUCACGGCCGCUGCUCCUGCAAGGAGAAUGUUGGCGGUGGCGGCUGUGACGAGUGUAAGAGCGGGACGCUCGGUCUGACGGCGCAGAAUCCGUCCGGCUGCAGUCCGUGCUUCUGUUUCGGUGUGUCCAGCUACUGUGAGGAGCUCGGCGGUUUGAUCCGAGUGCCGAUCACGCUGGGCUCUGCUCCGGCUCUGCUGCGUGUCGUGUCUCAGAGUGACCUGCAGGGGACGCUGGAGGGCGUUUCUUACAGCGAUCAAGAGAUGCUGCUGGACGCGUCUCACCUCCACAGUCUGUCUGUCCUCACCGGCCCGUAUUACUGGAGACUCCCGCAGAAAUACCACGGUAACAAGGUACAAACCCCACAGAAAUACCACGGUAACAAGGUACAAACACCACAGAAAUACCACAGUAAACCCUGCAGAAAUACCACGAAAUACCCAGGGGAUUAUGGGAAGGUUCAGGACUCCGUCAGAGACUGCUCGCUGUGCACCUGUCCUCUUCAGGGUCAGAGUUUCAGCUCGACGUGUGUGUUAGAGGGCGCCGGUGAUUUCCGCUGCGAUCGCUGUGAGGAGGGAUACGAGGGCCGUUACUGUGAGAGGUGUUCGGUGGGUUACUAUGGUAACCCGUCUGAGCCAGGUGGGCGGUGCCAGGUGUGUCAGUGCAGGGGGGCGUGGUCAGUGCACACCAUCUGUGACGGACGCACCGGGAGCUGCGAGUGUAAGCCCGGGGCCAGAGGUCAUCUGUGUGACCAGUGCGAGGAGAGACACGUGCUGGUCAGCGAGCAGUGUGUGUCGUGUGAUGACGAGUGCACCGGAGCGCUGCUGGACGAUCUGGACGCUUUAGACGGGUCCAUCGGCUCUCUGAACCUGUCGGGGGUCAUUCUCGCUCCCUACAGCCAGCUGAUGACCCUCGAGAACCAGACCAGAGAGGUCAAGAGUUUGAUGUCGUGGGAGCAGAGCUCAGAUUAUCAGCUGACCGCAGGAGAGGAACAUGUGAGCAACCUGACCAAUCACAUCACUGACCUUCAGCAGCAGGUACGACUCAUGUCCGUCAUCACUGAAUAUCACGACAUCCAGACCAACCUACAGACGCUCACAAUCUCCAGGAACAAUGUCAGCAGUCUGAAACAGGAAGUAGAAACGCAGGUACAGGAAGCUCAAGACCUGCUGAGCGAUGCCCUCAAUAUCGCUGAAGACAUGAGGAACGGCACGGCUACUCUGGAUGAGACGAGGAAUGAUCUGGAAGGAUGGAGUCCGUCUCUCAGGAAGCACGUGGACGCUUUAGUGAUGGAUAUGACCAAAAGAGACGCCCUACAGCUGGUGUACAGAACGUCUGAGUCCGAGCACUCGCUGACUGAGCAAGGGAAGACAGCGCUUCAGAAGAGCUCAGAGAUUCUGGACACCAGCGGAUCCCUGAAGAACCACACAGAAGGGCUGGUGUUUAGCGUCCGUGAAGUGACCAGCAGGUUGAGUCUGGUUAGAGCGAGUGUUCAGAACGUCACACAGCUGCUCCCAGAAGCCCUGAACAUCCUGAGAAACCUUCCUAAUGGCAGCAGAGCUGAAGUCCUCGAGGCGAAGCAGCAGCAGGAAGCAGCGAAUGCAUCUUUACAGGAAGCUCUGGAGCGUCUGGAGGAUUAUCGUGUGAAGCUGCAAGAGUCGUCUUCUGCGGUGGGCUCGGCUAAUAACAGCAUCAGGAGCACUAACCAGCUAGUCAGAGACUCAGAGGAGACCGCCAGCGCAGCCAGAUCCAGACUGAGCGAGGCUCACCUGAAGACCGAGCGUCUGUUCGACCGUCUGAAGCCCCUGCAGACGCUGGGAGAGAACCUGAGCAGAAACCUGUCGCAGAUCAAAGAGCUGAUCCAUCAGGCUCGCAAGCAGGCGGCGUCGAUUAAAGUGGCUGUUUCUGCGGAUAAGGAUUGUGUGCGAGCGUACAGACCAGAGGUGAGCUCCAGUAACUUCAACACACUCACGCUGACCAUGAAGACCAGCGAACCGGACAGCCUGCUCUUCUACAUGGGCAGCAGCAGCGCCAGCGAGGAUUUUAUGGCUUUGGAAAUGCAUCAUGGGAAGGUGUCCUUCCUGUGGGACACUGGCUCUGGACUCACCAGACUAGAGUAUCCCAGUGUUCAGAUCAACAAUGACAAGUGGCACAGGAUCAAUGCGACGCGGUUUGGGAGACACGGGACCCUCACUGUCCAGCAGACGGACUCUGAGCCGCUGCCCGCAGUGAAGACCACAGCGUCUGGGUCCUCCACCGUCAUGGACGUCAACAAAUCCACCUGGGUGUUCGUCGGGGGCCUCGGCGCUCAGGUGAAGAAACCCCCAGCGGUGAAAAUGACCCACUUCAGAGGCUGCAUUGGUGAAGCUUCGCUCAACGAGAACAACAUCGGCUUGUGGAACUACGCUGAGAGACAGGGAGAGUGUGGCGGCUGCUUCAUGAGUCCACGCACUGAAGACACGUCGUUCCACUUCGACGGCAGCGGUUUCUCUGUGCUGGAGAAGUCCCUGCGCUCCAUGUCCACCAGCGUGGUCAUGUUCUUCAAGACUCUCUCUCCUAACGGCCUGCUGCUGUAUCUGGCCUCCAACGGCACCAGGGACUUUCUGUCCAUCGAGCUGGUGGAAGGGAAGGUUCACCUGACCUUUGAACUGGGCUCCGGAGCGCUGACCUUGACCUCCAACAGAACAUACAACACAGGCACCUGGUACAGAAUCGCCCUGCAGAGGAACAAGCGCCGAGGUCAUUUGUCGGUCAUGGCUGCUGAUAAACCCUCAGAGCGAGAGGUCAUGGAGGCGGAGUCACCGGGUUCGUCCUCUGACCUCAAUCGCUCUGACCUCGACCCCAUCUACAUCGGCGGAUUACCGGCCUCUCGACCAAUCAGGAGGCAGGUUGUGGCUCGCUCUUUCGUCGGCUGUAUGAAGAAUGUGGAAAUCGCUCGCACAAACUUCGACCUGCUCAGAGAGUCGUAUGGCGUGAAGAAAGGCUGCGUCCUCAAGCCCAUCCGCAGCGUGUCGGUGUUCGGAGGAGGUUUUCUGCAGAUGCCCGCCAUCCUCUUGGCUCCUCACACGGAGAUCAUGAGCAGCUUCUCCAGCAGACGAGAGCGCGGCGUGAUCCUGGCGGGAUUCAGCAGCAGCACGGGACGCUCGCGCCGACACACACAGCAGCCGUUCCUGGUCGUGAUGCUGUUGUCCGGAUCGCUGGAGGUUCAUGUGGGCGGGGCCGAGGGCGGGGCCAUGCACAGAGCAGUCGUCAAAUCACAGAACGGCUCCUUCAGUGACGGACAGGAGCAUUCGCUCAUACUGCAGAGGAACAAAAGGUCCAUCGCAGUGUUUGUGGACGAGCAGAACCAGGCGACGGUGAAGCUGGGCUCGUCUGCAGAUAAAGCUCUGGCUCUGGAGCGGCUCUUCAUCGGAGGCGUUCCUCCGGGAGAGACGGGAUCCAGCGACUCCUUCUACGGCUGCAUCAGGAACACGGCGGUGGACGGCAUGCUGCUGGAUCUGUCUGCUGCUCUGCGCUAUGAGGACGUGGACAUGGACAGCUGUUUACUAGAGGAGAGACCCAAACGUGUGGUUCUACCUGAUGAGCUGGAGGCAGAGCCGACCUCUGACCCCGCCACACGACCCCUGUCACCCCCGGUGGAGCUGAGCGCGCUCACACCUGGCAGCAGCAGCUGUGCAGCGGCGGAUCUCACAGAAACCCUCCCAGAAUCCCUGCAGUUCGGACUGUCCCGACACAGUCACGUGAUCAUGGGCUUCAAGAACAAGACCGUCAGAACCAGUUUUGCGGUGAAGCUGUCGGUUCGGACGUUCGCUCGCAGCGGCGUUCUCUUCUACAUGGCCAAUGCAAACCAGCAGGAUUACGCCGUUCUGCAGGUGCAGGGGGGGCGUGUGCUGCUGUCAUGUGACCUGGGGAAAGGCCCCGCCCACGCCUCGCUGGCCACGCCCAUCAACAACGGCCUCUGGCACACCGUGAAGGCCGAGUUCAGUAAGAAGAUGGUGAUGGUCAGUGUGGACGGGACCGAAUCGGACCGCAAACACACUAAAGGACACACGCUAGACGUGGAGGGGAAGUUGUACCUCGGCGGACUUCCUGCCACAUACACCGCCAGGAGAAUCGGAAACGUGACACACAGUCUGGCGGCGUGUCUGCGGGACGUGAUGUUCAGCGGCGUCCAGAUGAAGCUCAGCGCUGCGCUGUCGUCUCACGCCGCGGGCUCCUGCUUCAGACGCGCUCAGAGCGGCAGCUUCUUCAGCGGCAGCGGAUACGCCGCUUUCAUGAAAGAGGGCUAUAACGUGGGCUCGGACGUCUCCGUGAGUCUGGACUUCCGCUCCACGGCGCCGGAUGGGGUUCUGUUGGGAAUCAGCAGCACUAAAGUGGACGCCAUCGGCCUGGAGCUCGUCAACGGACAGGUGGUGUUUAAUGUGAAUAACGGCGCGGGCUGGAUCACGGCGAGCAGCAGGAGCGCUGUGUCCAUGUGUGACGGCCGCUGGCGCACCCUGGUGGCCAAGAAGCAGAAGCACAGCUUGAGUCUGACCGUAGACGGUGUGACGGUGACCGCAGAGAACCCGUACUCAUCCUCCACCUCAGCCGAGACCAAAAACCCCAUCUAUGUGGGCGGAUACCCAGCGGACGUGAAGCAGAACUGUCUGAGCUCCAGAGAGCCGUUCCGCGGCUGCAUGAGGAACCUGCGCGUCUUUAAGGGUCACGUCACCGAUGAGCUGGACUUCAGCGCCGCCUUCGCUCACCCACACGUCUUCCCUCACUCCUGCCCGGAUAACGCUGCGUAAACACCUCCGGUUCAUGCAAACACAGCUCAAUCCUUUUGUACUGAGGAUGGUUUUAAUAGUUCUGCAGAUGGUUUGUGAAUUUUGACUCAUAACAGGUUUAGAUUUGAUACUUGUUCAGGGUUUCUGCGGGUCUUAAUUCACCCUUUCACAGAUGAAGGCCUUAAAAAGGUGUUAAAUCAGAGCAGAGAGUCUUAAAUUCAUUAAGUCGUGGCAUUAAGUGUUGCAUGCACUGGA